CGGCGGCGGCGGCGGGCGCGCCCCUGCGCAGCGGCGCAGGACGGUGCGCCCGCCUGCCGCCUGGGCCUCCGCGGGCGCGGCUGCGCCAUGGCAGGCUCCAGCAGGGCGCUGGCCAUGACGGACGCCACCCAGUUCGCGGAGGCCGACAAGACGCUCAGCAUGGGGAGCCGGACCGCUCACCAGCUCUACCUGGAGGACCACCUGACGCGGCUGAGCGAGGACAUCUCGUCCACCACCAAGAGGCUGGAGCUGGAGAAGCGCAGGCUGAACAAGCUGGAGCAGGACGUCGAGCGCACCCGCCUGGAGCACCAGGAGAAGGUUCUCAGGCUCCCGCCGAAGGGCGUGAAGAAGGACGACAAGGAGAAGGCCAAGAAGGAGCAGAAGGUCGAGUCCGUGCGCACGCUGGAGCACAGGAAGAUGCAGGCGGUGGCCCAGCUCGACGACCUGGGAGAGGCCGAAAGGCCGGCGGAUCCGGGUCCGCAUCGACUCCACGCGCCGCGAGAGGAUGCAGAUGAAUCAGAUCUUCAAGAAGCUGCACAUGGACAUCAAGGAAAACAUUGGCCAGGUCACCUCCUUGCAGCGCGACACCGACGCCGCCAGGAACCACCAGGAGGAGUGCCAGAACAGGGUGCUCGCGCUCAAGAAGCAGCUCGAGCACGAGCGGAAGGCGUUCAACAAGCAGGUGAAGCAGAUGCACAAGGAGAUGCAGAACGAGGUGCAGG